ACUGCCCACCCAUUUAUUCUUGUCAUCUUUGCCUGUCAGGGUAACGGCGCCGCUGUCUCCCGCUAGAAUUCUCGCUCCAGUCUCACUUCGAAGUUCAAACACCGGAGCUCCAGCGUAGGCCUCGACCCUGUUCCCUUCCAAGCAGCUGCUCCCCAACGCCUCUGGAUUCAACCCUUCCGUCGCACUCACGCCGCUCCCGCCUAAGACUAAUUCCCCCCCCCCACCGCAGCGGCUGGCUCCCACGCUUAUGCUGCCAUCAUGCAGUCCCUUGUAACGCCUUUAGGCUACUCGGCGGAGAGUUGCGGAUACUGCAAAGAUGCCUCUACUGGCCGUCGCACUCCAAAUUCUCGAUGCUCUUACUACAUCACGUCGAAGAGCCUAAGUACCCAAGCUUACCAGGAUCUGGUUGACCGUGGGUGGCGGAGAUCCGGUACGAUUCUCUACAAGCCAGAUGUACUUCGGCACUGCUGCCCUCAUUACACCAUUCGGCUCCCCGCCGCUUCCUUCAACCCCGCCAAAGAACACAGACACGCGGUGAAUCGGUGGAAUAAACACAUCCUUGGUGAAGACUACAUCAAGGAGGCAGCAAAACUAUAUCCCAAAACUAAGCAAGAAAAGGCUCGACAGCGGAAUGGAUUCGACCUUGUUAGUACCAUUCACGAGGGCGAAUUUGAGAAAUUAAAACGCCCACCAGAGCCGGCACAUCGAUUUGAAGUGAUUCUGGAGCCAGACGAGUUCACAGAUGAAAAGUUCGAACUCUUCAGUAAUUACCAACAACAUGUUCACCAUGAUGGGCCUUCUGAUGUGUCAAAGGAUGGCUUCAAACGCUUCCUCUGUGGCUCCCCGCUGCAACGUACCAUCCGAGAAGUAGACGGACAUACACAGCAGCUAGGAUCUUAUCAUCAAUGUUACCGGCUUGAUGGCCGGCUCAUUGCCAUGAGCGUGCUAGAUCUUUUGCCCCACUGUGUUAGCAGUGUCUACUCGAUUUAUCAUUCUGAUUUUGAGAAGUGGAGCUUCGGCAAGUUGAGCGCCAUGAGAGAAAUAGCGUUGGCGUCGGAAGGGGGUUACCAGUUCUAUUAUAUGGGCUACUACAUCCACUCCUGCGUGAAGAUGCGAUACAAGGGAGAGUAUAGACCCUCAUAUAUACUGGAUCCAGAAACCUACGAGUGGAAUCCUUUAGACGGAGAACUCCGAAGGUUACUCGACGCCAAGGCCUACGUGUCGUUGUCAAGAGAACGUCGGCGAAGAGAGGAUACCGCCAUAGCUGCCCAGGAUAUUGAGAACGAAUCGAAGGGCGAUGCCGGCGAUGCCGGCGAUACCCCGGAAGUCGCACCCGAAUACCCCCUGCUCAACGCGGAAGACGCUGGAAAGGCUGUGAUGCAAGGGAUGUCUCUCUUCGAAUUAAAAGUUCCCGGUCUUAUGACGGUGGAGCAAAUCGAGCAUCAAGUGCAGCUCGAUCAUACAGCGAUCCAAAUUAGGAAAAGGUCUAUCACAGUGGAAGCAGGGGAUCUCAUGAAUUGGGAAAAGAGUUAUAUUCGAGAUCCCAGGUCGCUCAAGGGUGUCAUUGGAGAGCUUGUUGCUGCCAUUGGGCCUGAGGUCGUUAAACAGGUGGUGGUGGACUUUGGCUAAAGUUGGCAGGUAGUUGCCAAUUAAGCAACUGGAUGGAUAUCUUACGGUCUUAGGCACAAAAGAAUACAUGAACACUGGCCGCGGCGCACUAUAUUCUCCAAUUUCUACUCCAUACAUCGCGAACCACUUUUCGUGGCCUCUUGUUUCCUCUGCAGAGGGUGCUAAACAGGGCAUAGUGGAAAAUUUGUAGAGGCUACCCCUUUCCGGACUAGCGGAUUUAUAUGCCAAGACUAACCGGGUCCAGCGAUGUCUACCCACACUACCACAGUAACUCUAUGUCCGGGGACUUUUGACUCCCUUUUUGGAGAGUUUCUACCGUCGUUUUUGGAGCAACCUACAUCCAUCAGCUUUUGUAAUCUCUAGCCAUUUUUUAGCAA